AGGGAGACCGAGGGACCGUCGCAGCCGCAUCCUCUGCCUUCUGCGGCUGACACAGGAGCAGGCUGGUCCCGUGUGACACGAGCUACCCUCCGGAGAGGACUGUCAGCACCGGCCUGGCACCCCCCACUGCAGGGCUGACCCUCUAACGCGGGGGGAGGAUUAGCCCCCCCCAGCAGAUGGAGCUCCCGAGGGGCCCGGCCCAGGGAUCAGCUCGGACCCGGGAUGUUAACCCCUCGGGCUGGCGAGCGCUACCUUGACUCCGCGUGGUCCGUGCGAGGCGUCGCUCCGCGUUAGCGCAUCGGUUACUACCCAGCCGUGUUAGCCACCAGUUUGAUUUGAGCUGACGAAGUUUACAAACCCGGCGUUGACAGGGAGCGAAAGCCGAUGGGGACUUUCCCUGGGCAGGGAGAUACCCCAGGUCUCCAGCUUCAGUAUUCGAUCUGAACCGAAUUGAUAACUGUAGGCUCCACUCCACUUUCUUCGGCACAAGUCCCGUCCUGAGGGCCCCAGGCUCGGCUGGGCUCUUUCCCCACUGUUCACACUGUGACCUGCACUGUGCAAGGAUUGAGGCUCUGGGGACCGUUUGGUGACCAUGGAGGGGGCUGCUCUGAUCUCUCCACUGCAUUUUAACGUCGAGGGGGGACUCCUGCGCGGCUGCAUGCUCGGGAAGUUCCCGCGGCCGCUCUGAAGGCGCAGACAUGCCGGGAAAGGUCCGGGACAGGAUGGCUCUGACUUGUGUGAGGGAAAGGAAGGAGGUCUCGCUUUGGGGGCAUGGAGAGAUGAGUUCGCACGUGUGCACCUGAGCGCUCCGGAGACAGCCGCGUCGCAUGGAGUUCGGUCCCUCUCACCCCUCGUGGCAAGCUGGAGUUGCGUUGUUGGGGUCCCUUAGCUAAGUGGAGGCGUGUGGGGCGGAGGAAGGAAAGGAUCCGAAACUUGACGAGAAGAGCAGAGCGGGCUGUGUCGGGCGCCCCGGAGCACGGGUUGUUUGCCCGCGGACGGAAAGUCACUUUCUGAGCCAGCAGACCCAAGUGGGCGUCUUGAGAAAUGGCCCGGAGCGCCCGAGGAUGAGCCCCAGCUCCCAGAGCCGACGGAAGGGCGGGAAAGUGGCGAUAAAGAUUCACGAAGCGCUGCACGCCUCUGUCAUCCAAGUGCCCUGGAGAGGCCGCCCAGAUCCGCCGGCAGAGAUGCGGGGUGGCCAUGGAUCGCGCUGCUCACGGCCCCUGGCAGCCCUGGCCCCGGGAGUAUAACCCAGGACGCAGCUACGCUUGUGGGAGUUUGGGGGAGCUGCGGUCGGGUGCAAACGUCGUGCCGGGCUCCAGCAGCCCCCUCGGCCUGGUCCCCCGGGGCGGAGAAUGGCGUGGCGCGGCUGCUGCUGCUCCAGCCUGGGUCACCUGAACGAGGAUAACGCCCGCUUCCUGCUGCUGGCCGCGCUCAUCAUCCUGUACAUGCUGUGCGGGGCCGCUGUGUUCUCGGCCAUCGAGCUGCCCACCGAGAGGGAAGCCAAGGAGAAGUGGGAGGAGAGGUUCGUGAACUUCAGCCAGAGGCACAACCUGAGCCGGGCAGAGCUGCAAGACUUUCUCCGGGAGUACCAAGAGGCCAGUGUGGCCGGGAUCCGGGUCGAUGACAUCAGACCCCGAUGGGAUUUUACCGGGGCCUUUUAUUUUGUGGGGACUGUGGUUUCAACAAUAGGGUUCGGCAUGACCACCCCAGCCACCGUUGGAGGAAAAAUUUUUCUGAUAUUUUAUGGCCUUAUAGGAUGUGCAGGGACCAUUUUAUUCUUUAACCUGUUCCUGGAGCGCUUGAUCACGGUCAUAGCCUACAUCAUGAAAUCCUGCCAUGAGAGACAGCUGAGGAGAAAAGGGGUCCUCCCUCAUGACAGCCGGCGAGGCUCAGGGAACUCUGAGGUGGACAGCUUGGCAGGGUGGAAGCCAUCCGUGUACUAUGUCAUGCUCAUUUUAUGUGUAGCAUCACUCAUCAUUUCCUGUUGUGCCUCUGCAAUGUACACACCGAUUGAAGGGUGGAGUUACUUUGACUCACUUUACUUUUGCUUCGUGGCCUUCAGCACUAUUGGUUUUGGUGACCUGGUCAGUAGCCAAAAUGCCCAGUAUGAAAGCCAAGGCCUUUACCGAUUUGGCAACUUUGUCUUCAUACUCAUGGGGGUUUGCUGUAUCUAUUCCUUAUUUAAUGUGAUCUCGAUUGUUAUCAAACAGUCCAUAAACUGGAUAUUAAAGAAGCUGGAUUGCAGGUGCUGCCCCAGAUGCCAAAGAAAAUUCUUUAGGUCACGGAGGAAUGUUGUGAUGCCAGGGAAUGUGCGGAGCCGGCGGAACAUCUCCAUUGAGACUGAUGGCAUCAAUGAGAGCGACACAGAUGGACGCCGGCUGUCUGGCGAGAUGAUCUCCAUGAAAGAUUUCUUAGCCUCCAACAAAGUGUCACUGGCCAUCAUGCAGAAACAGCUGUCAGAAACUGCCAAUGGCUACCCAAGGCAGUUGAACUCUAGUUCUAAACAUAAUGGAUUCUCUGGCGGGGUAGGAGCCCUAGCAAUUAUGAAUAACAGGCUGGCAGAGACAAGCGUGGAUAGGUAAAAAAAAUCAGAAUGAUGGGAAAUGCAUCAACAAGUACAGAAGUAACUAGGGAAUGAAUGUCAUCAGAGAAGCAGAGCUAAAUGAGCAGAACACCUUUUGUUAGAAGGUCUCUCACUUUUGGGAGAGGGGCUGUCAGUUAAUAUCUGUUGUUCUUUGCACUACUCAGAUCUCUAUCUUCCUUUCUUCCCUUCCAUUUGCUCCCUAAACAGGUCACUGAAGGAUAAAUUUCAAACUAAAUAUAAUGUAACCCCAACACCAAUUUUUUAUGGCCUGUUGUUCCUGUAUUUAUGUUAAGUUCAGUUUCAGGAAUAAGGAAUUGAUGGCCUUGGGAAAAAUCACCUUUCACAACACUGGACUGAAAUUCUGUAUUGAACUGAUAUUUAGUUCAAAGUUGGUAUUGGGGUUUUUGUUUGUUUGUUUUUUGUACCAUUCUUUUUAGACCUGGUUUCUGAAUGUAGCCUAUCUGAAACCAAAAGAGGAACCAUUAUAAGCCUUUCUCUGCACCAUCUAUACUCUUUCACUCCUGAUUUAAGUGAGUGAAAAUCAAAUAAUUUCUCUCUAAAUCUAACUUCUCAAAACAGAUUCCAGAUUCUCAAAACAGCUAUUUCGGUAAAGCCAAAUCCUGCUGUCAGAUACAGUGGUAUAAAUCUGGAGUAAUUUCAUCAGAGUCAGUAGAAUUACUCUGCUGUUACACUGGUGUAACUAAGAGCAGAAGUUGAUCCUGAGAAUGUAAUUUAGUCUUCCCCUUAGAAGAACAUUGUCAAAAAUGGUAGAGUCAAAAUUAGACCUACUUUUGCUUUCUUUUGUGCAUUUGCAAAGUACAUUUAAUACUUGCUAAGUUAACUUUUCCUCUCAAAAUUGAAUCAAUGAAAUUUUCUUUAGAAAAAAUAUUAAAUAUGGAUAGACAUAUCUCAUGAGCAACCCUACAGUAACAAACAGAGACUGUUUCUAAUACUGUGUGUACAGUGCCCCCGCCUGAUUGCAGUCAAUGAGCACUGACAUAACAUGAACAUUUAAUAAGAAUGUUUACACAAUGAACAGGUUUCAUUGCAGAAACAGAUUGCAACUGCAACAUUUCAAGGCAUUAUUACAAGUAACCAUUAGCACAAGAAAUGUAAGAAAUGAUGAAAAACACUUUUGACAGUGUCCUUUUUUAACAUUUGUGUAAGUAUCAUACUCUUCCUGUUUUCUGGUCUUUGGUGAUGAUAAUGAUAGGGUUUUGAUUAAGAAAAUGGAAAAUUUAUAACUCACCAUUUUGCUAAAUGAAAGGAUCUGAGUGCUCAUUAUGAACUGGCUGAAGACCUAAAUAAGAACUGUAUUAAUGGUCAGAAAAACAUGGAAACAGGAAAUUAGAUAAGUUAUGGAUAUAGGGUGGCAUUUUGCAUUAGGUAACAGUAGAAAUAAGGGAUUAAAUUUAAAGGAUAUUGCUAAGUAAAAAUUCUAAGCCAAAUUCUGUUUCCUUUACAUCCAUGCUAUUAAAGUCAGUGAGGGUAUGUGGAAGUAAAUGAGCAGAAUUUGGUGACAUAGGGCCUGUUCUAGUGUCUAUUGAAGUCAAGGGAAUUGGAUAUAGGCUCAUAGAGUUAAACAAAGUCUUACUUGCGGUACCCAUAAUACCAUUUAGAUUAUUACAAUUUAAAGACAUUUUAAAUAUCUAAUACACUUUUCACCAUUUAUGCAAUUUCUUUUUUUCAUUUCAUUUAUGUGGAACAAUGUAGGUGGACUGGUCUGCUUCAUUUCUGUUAGGAAUCCCUUUCAUAUUCUGGUUCUUCUCCCUCGCCAAUUGCUCUUGUGUCUGGAUUCAUAACACUGCUGGGGAAUACUUACAUACUUUAAAUACAAACUGAAUUUAAAAAUAUUAUGAUGACAUCUCAUAUAGGGUUUUGUAAUUCAACACUUUAAAAACAAAACCAACAUAUUGGUCCUACGCUAUUGCACAUCAGCACUGUCUAUUUAACAAUUACAUUGUAAAGAAUAGUAAGCUGUUUGUAGGAUUCCACAGCUAAAGAAUCCAAAUCCAAGGCCAAGUCCUGCUCAUCUUCCUUACACAAGUAGUAGCUCUGUUUGAAGUUGGUGAGCAUGAUUCUGAUCUCACUCCAUUUUUUACAGAUGGCAUCUCCAUUGGUUACAAUGGGAUUUUAGAAGAUAAUACCCAGCUCCAUUACAUUGCCAUGCGUUAUUUUCUGAAUUUCCUCUUCUGAUUAUUAUUGCAUGUUAAGAUACUUGGAUGUAAAGAAAAUAGUUCUAUGUAGGCUGUCGCUUUCUGGAUUCUUUCACUGAUGCCUCUGUUCAGUGCCUCUCUUCAUGGAAUUCACCACCAUGGAAGCAAUUCUGAUGUUGUAAAUGAUCAGAAAUGGUUUAGGGCUAGUUCAGGCCUUCAGGUGCAGCCCUCAGAAGAGGUAAAGUAAGUGUGGCCCUUGAAAGGAUGCAGCUUGCUUCUCCCCUUGUGCCUGGCCAGCUAUUCUUGCCAGUGAGUGGGGCAGGGAAAGCUCUUGCAACUCCCUAUCUUCUCCAUCCCCUCCCCACCCACUUGCUCAUAGGUCAGACCAUCUGGAGAUCAUGGGUCUUGCUUGACACAAGAGCCAGACCCAAGAGCCAGGUAGGUCUUACUCUGCUGAGCAAGAUGGGGAAGAGGGGAGACUUUACUCCACUUAUUCUCUUUCUCAACCGAGUAAAAACAAAGGCACAAUGUGACUGUAAAUAUAUAAGCAAACAAUGUAUUAUUUAUUGAAUGCCAUUAUUCCAUUCACUGGUCAGUGUUAUGUAAACCUAGAGAAAGGCCAGAUCUCUGCCUCAAGGAGCUAACAAUCUAAAUGAAACACAGACAAGAUAGUUUAGACAUAAUGUGGUAUCUAAAUUAGAAACGAAAUAGCUUCUGUUUAUAGACAUACACGUCUUAGACAGCAGUGAUGGGAAAGGAAACAGAAAAAGAAUAUGAGAGUUGUAUGGUAGAGGAGACUGGUAAAGUAUUACAAUCUGUAGAGUUGAAUGAGAGUAUGGCAGUGGUUAUUUAGCUCAUAGAAUAUGGUGUAUCCAAGUGGCAGAUCACUAAACUGGCCAUUGGAUUGUUUCCAAUGUUCCCCAAGUAUGUGACAAUUGCUGUGUUUCUUUUUUGCUAAGGAAUCUUAUUCUGUGACACUUAGCUCCAGUUAUUCAUUCUCAAAAAGGAAUCUUUACCACCCUUAAAAAACAAUGAGAAAAUGUCAUGGUCGUGAAAGCAAGGCAUGCCCAUACUGGGUCAGAUAAAUGGUCCAUCUAGCCCACUAUCCUGUCUUCCGACAGUGGCCAAUGCCAGGUGCUCCAGAGGGAAUAAACAGAACAGGCAAUCAUCAAGUGAUCCAUCCUC